CUUCUUUGAACACCAACCAUCUCUCUCUCUCUCUCUCUCUCUCUCCUGCUUGCAAUGGAGGUCUCAUGGGAAACCAGUGUCACAGAUUCAAUAAACACCAUUUACCUUCUAUUUUCAGCUUACCUUGUUUUUGUAAUGCAGCUUGGCUUUGCUAUGCUAUGUGCUGGCUCUGUCCGAGCCAAGAAUGCCAUGAACAUUAUGCUCACCAAUGUGGUUGAUGCUGUUGUUGGUAGCAUCUCCUACUACCUCUUCGGCUUCGCUUUCGCCUUCGGAGAUGGUUCCAAUUCAAACCCAUUCAUUGGCACCCAAUUCUUUGCUCUCAAAAACAUUCCCAGUAGCUCCUAUGACUACAGUUUCUUUCUUUAUCAAUGGGCUUUCGCCAUCGCAGUUGCCGGUAUCACCAGUGGCUCCAUAGCUGAGCGUACUCAGUUCAGUGCCUACCUUGUUUUCUCAUUUUUCCUAACUGGUUUUGUUUACCCCAUUGUGGCUCACUGGGUUUGGUCAUCCAGUGGUUGGUUGAGUCCUAGCUCAAGCGACUUGUUGUUUGGCUCUGGUGCAAUUGACUUUGCUGGGAGUGGUGUGGUGCAUUUGGUAGGUGGGAUUGCUGGGCUUUGGGGCUCAUUGAUAGAAGGGCCAAGAGUGGGCCGAUUCGAUGCUUUUGGAAAGCCCGUGUCAUUGCGAGGUCAUAAUGCCACUCUGGUGGUUCUUGGCACAUUUUUGUUAUGGUUUGGGUGGUUUGGAUUCAACCCAGGUUCGUUCGAUAAAAUCCUCGUGUCAUACCCUGACACGACCGAUCAAGGUAACUGGACCGGGGUGGGCCGAACGGCGGUCACGACCACACUAGCUGGUUCAACGGCCGGACUGGUCACCCUAUUCGGCCGACGGUUACUAGUGGGCCAUUGGGAUGCUUUAGAUGUGUGCAACGGCUUGCUCGGUGGGUUCGUGGCGAUCACGUCGGGCUGCUCGGUGGUGGAGCCUUGGGCUGCCAUCGUGUGCGGAUUCGUUGCGGCUUGGGUCUUGAUUGGGCUCAAUAUGUUGGCACUAAAAUUGAAAUUUGACGACCCGUUGGAGGCUACACAAUUGCAUGGUGGGUGUGGAGCUUGGGGUUUGAUCUUCACGGGCUUAUUUGCAAAAGAGGAGUUUGUUGUUCAAGCCUAUGACUCAGGGGAGAGUGGAGUGACGAGACCAUAUGGGUUCUUGUUGGGUGGGGGGUGGGGUUUGGUUGGAGCCCAAGUGGUUGAGGUUUUGGUGAUUGUGGGAUGGGUUAGUGUUACAAUGGGGCCCCUGUUCUAUGCACUUCAUAAGCUAAGAAUUUUGAGGAUAUCAACUGAGGAGGAAAUUGCAGGUCUUGACAUCUCCAGCCAUGGAGGCUACGCUUACACUGCUCAUGCAGAGGACACCGGUCCUCGCUUUUAUGGCGAGUACAUGCGCAUGCAAGCUCAAUCCUGAUUCAAUGGCCAUAUCUAUCUCUGUCUGGACAUUCAUUUUGUUUUUCUUUUAUUCUUUUCAUUUUACCAAGAAUUUGUAAGAACUUCAAUUAAUUUUUUUUUUUUUUUCCCUGAAAGAUUUGUAAUAACUUCAGUUUAUUAUUAUUUAAUUAGAAAAGUGUACUCAAACCCCUAAAAACACUGGUUAUCUUCUAUCAUAAUGGAAUCAUAAAACAAUAUGUAUAUGACCAAAUAACUGAAAGAAAAUUUUGUUUAGUUGAGUUGGA